GAAACACAUAAACAGUUGGUUCCCCGAUGUCAGGUUGAAACCUUGACCAUAGCAGAUUCCCGAUGAACCUAUUGAUAUCUAGGUUCGGCUAUGUAUAGGUCUCGGGGCGCAAUACUCGACAUGUUCAACAGUGUGUGCACUGGAGGUGACAGGCAGAGGGGAGAUCUGUUAAACAGCAAUAGUCGUCCCGAACUGAAAGAUGCAUGUGAAGGUUGUGAUCGCCGAGGAGUCAGCCUCACGGCCACGGCCAACGCAGUGGAUUCAUGUGCAUUGGCAGCAUCCGACCACUGUCACAGCGACGUGGGGCCACGAGGUAAUCAGGUGCAAACCACUAGACCCGCUGGCAAGUGCUCGCCUUUAUGAAGGUUUUGCGGGAGCUUUUUCGAAGAGGCGAUGUUGUUUUGCUCAAUCGGGCACCGCAACUUGUGCCAUGAGAAGCAGGGAUUGUACAGUGAGGCAUCUCGACGCCUUGUCGUAUUGCCGUGGUUCUUGAGCGACUGCACCAUUCCUACAGGCAUCUGGGCGUAGUCCCCACGGAAAGGUGUGGGCUUAGGAUCUUCCACCAACCCCUGCAAGCGAACUGUUGAACCCUUUUCAGAACAGCGACCCAGCCCCUGUACCCGAGAAAUUGAUACUUCUUUUCGCAAGUUACGAAAUGGUAGCAGCGUCAAGAAGGGAACGGCUUUUCCGGUUCACCUCGAGGUUCUUCGAGCUCGACUUAAAUUCCCUUUCCAUGGGAUAUUGACGUCGUCAUGUUGCGGUCUGGAUUACGCUUGAUUGUCUGAUUGUGCAGUCGAGAAGAUUUUAUUGGAGGUUCAUUGUACUAAGGUCGAAAGUGGUUUAUGAAACGUCACGAGUAAGAAUCCAAGUCCAUUAGAAUCGAGGCGCGCACGGUGGAAGCGAUCCGAUUAUACCCUAAGGAUUAUCCAUUCAAGUCCAUGCAGAAGUAGACGGAGCAGGGAGUUUGUUGUGUCGACAAUGUUUGUGUCAGAUUUCCGACGCAACAAACGUCUGCGCUGAACAGUAUAUGGAAGCUGGCAGAAUCGUUGAGGAGAGGGUGAAAUUUGCCCGGUGGGCAAGAAGAGAAAUCGAGACUUCAUCACCCACACUGCCGUGCAAUUGGCGGCCGAAUUUGUGGUGUCGUCGAGGACAAUCAACGUUAUCGUCAUGUUGACAGGUGGUCAGUUUUACGAUGUACUCUGUGCCGUCGUGCCGCUAUAUGUAGCCCUAUUUCUUGGAUACGGGUCCCUUAAAUGGUGGGGAGUCGUUACGCCGGAGCAAAGUGCAGGGAUAAGUCGCUUCAAUGCGCUAAUAGCGAUGCCACCGCUCAUCUUCGAGAUCAUCGCUUUUAAUAACCCCUACACCAUGAACAACCGCCUAAUUGCUGCAUACUGUUUGUCUAACGGAAUCGUUCUCGUUGGAUUGUGCGCGUGGGUUUGGUGCACAAAAUGCGGUAAUCUCGACUGGGUGAUUACCUUAUUCCAGCUCUCGGUGAUGCCGAACACAAUUAUCGUGGGAAUCCCUGUGCUAUCGCCGCUGUACUCCGUUACUGAAUCCGGCAUAGCAGCGAUCUUCAUAGGCCAAGUCCUGUGGUUGUUUCCCACUCUGUUUCUUUAUGAACUGAAGGAAGUGAGGAAAAUGGGUCAGCCUGCCGUGGGUUCCGUCGCACAAGUUCAGGAUGAUGGGCCUCGGAGCCUUCAUUCUGGUGAAACAACGGAAUCAGCAGCAGAGCACGGAUUCGAAGGUCAUGAAAGUGGUAUUCCUGCUCUGCUGACGCAAGGUGAGCAUAACGACUUUCGCAUUGGAAUUGGUGACGAACCAAGCCAUGCAGCAACCGAAGUGUCCCAUAAAGAUGAAGAGCAUGUCAAGAAUGGAAGUCGGCAGCGAAACUCAUUUUCUGUUGCGAAUGGGGAGAGCGGUACGAGAGAAAAUGGAACAGAACACGGUCACGAGAUGGCACCCUCCCAGAUGAACUUGAAGGAGAUGGCAAUUAAGGUUGCGAAGAAAAUGGUGCAGCUACCGCUUACUCACGCCACCGUUAUGGGAAUCGUCUACUCGCUCAUUGCUGGCAGGUGGGGCUUCGAUCCUCUUCGAAUUUUGAGAAAUUCGCUCGAUAUUAUGGGCAGGAUCACACUGGGGCUGACCAUGUACUCCAUCGGACUGUUCAUGGCGGGUCAGAAGAAGCUUGUUGCAUCCUGGUGGGUUGCCUUUUAUGGUGCAUUCUGUCGUUUUAUAGUAGGCCCUGGUACAAUGGGCGUCGCAUCGUUACUGCUUGGAUUGCGCGGUGAUACCUUGCGCUUCGCAUUUUUACAGGCAGCGUUGCCGCAGGCUGUUAUAAGCUUCGUGUUUGCUAAGGAUUACAAUCUGCAUACGGACGUCUUCACUACUGCAGUGUCACUUCAGACCAUAGUGUUCAUGCCAAUUGUGCUGGUGUAUUACACACUACUUGAACUCUGAGAAAUACAAAUUCCAGACAACGAAUACAUUGGUGUUGAAGUAGAACAUAAACGUGGCGAAUCUUGGUCGCCAACAACAUCAAAAGUGGGGAACGAUUGUAGAACUCUGAUGCUGCGUCGGCCCCAAGGUGACUGAUUGGUCACAUUCAUACUUAUGUUGAUUAAUAGUUUUACAGGAAAUUAUAACACUCACUGGACUCGGAUUUUUAACCAUAAAUCACUUGCAAGGACUUCCUUCGGAAAAAAUGGUUAUUUUGUUGCAAAGCUAACCAUGUGGGGGUAAACAAUUUAGUAUCGAAGGGGUGACACGCCGAGCAAAGUGAACAGACUACGUGUGCAGAGGAAGAUUCAGGACUGAAACUGUAACGAAGACUGGAGAUAUACCACGUAUUUUAUAUUAUCAACUGAUAAGUGGGGAUCAGAGAACCCAAGUGAAGACAUGCCUCAUUUGAAGGCAAGCUCCAGCACAUAAGUUUUGUUACAUGGGUUACGAUGUAUAUGCACGUGUAGGUUGAGUUUAAGCACGUACAACAAUUUAAACACCAACAAGUGAUGUGAAAGUUGGAAGAUGAGAUUAGGGAAGAAGUAGAAGUUAUUAGUAAAUUAUUCACUCAUUCCAUCAUCUCAGAAACAGGUCAAUGGUACCACAGCAGGUGCAGAGCACUAUAUACUGGAUCGGAUAUAUACCUCUAAAGAUUCACUCUUGCUGUCCGAGGAUGGUAUAUUUCUCAAGUUGAAAGUAAAGUGAGUUAACUUCAAUUAAUGAAGUUCAAAAGCUGUGUUUUCA